UUUCCAGUCACUGGGAGGGUUGAAAGCUUUUUCCGCUCUUUGUUACAAGACUUUUUUUUCCUCUUCCAAGUUUUAACUUAAAAAAUAUUAUGAGGGCAUUCCAGAAGUAAUUCAGUCUGAGCUUCAGGGAAGAGAAUGAGAGGCAGGUGUGGCUGGUUAGGAAAAGCCAUAAUGAUAGUGAAGUUUUUGCUCCUCUGUGUCUCAAUAGGACGGGUGGAGCUGGUCACACAUUCAAGAAAUCAUGGAUACGAAGAUGGCUCCUUCCACAACUCAAAGACAUCAAUUUAUGGGACAUCUACAUAUCCUCAAUUGUUCCCCAUGUCACAGGAGGAUUGGGAGAUGGAGAAGCUCAAGGAGGAGACCCCAGACCAUCUUUCAAGCACCAUAACUUCACAUCAAGGAGAAAGAGAGGAUUCAGACGCUGGAACCCCACAGUCCAGAAAUGGGAACUGGUGUUCCUUCGUGAAGUCCCAGCUGGUCACGUACACAGCUGCCUGCAAGAAAGAAAAAUAUGUGAUUAAAUCACAGCAGCCUUGUUCAAAUGGAGCCCCAGACUGCCAGAAAAUCAUGUAUAGGGCAACUUUGAAGCCAGUGUAUCGUGUGAGGCAGAAGGUUUUAAACUCCUUGCACUGGAAAUGCUGCCCUGGUUAUAUUGGCAAGAACUGUGAACAACGUGAUCCCAAUUUUGUUCCAGUGCCCGCUAACCAUACAGAAGGACUGGAAGAUGGAGAAGAGUUCUCAAGCAAAAUGUCGACAUCACUGCAGGCAGAAGAAAUUAUGAAAACCAUUCAGAAUCACAAGACACUUCUGGAAGAUCUUCAGAACGAUGUUCAUCAAUCAGCCGGAGAUUUACAGAAACUACUUGAAAACAACAUUACUACAAUGACGUCAAAACUGAACCAGAGUAAAUCUGAACUGCCUGAAAGGCUCCUUCAGCAAAUGCUGUUUCCUCAUGUGGAGAGUUUCCUGAAGGAACAUUUUAACCCAAUGUGGGCAAACUUCAAUAAAAGCUUACAGAGCCUCUCCAGCAUGGUAAGAAACUUGUCCAAGGAUGUGGAGGCCAACAAAAAAAACAUAGAGAAAUUCCAAGAAAGCACCGUGCCCAAGAAGGAAUUCCAGGAGCUAGGAACUAAGUUUGAAUCGAAAGUUCAAGAAAAUGCAGUGAGAGUGGAGCAGCUGAAAAGGGAAAUGGACAAUCAUCUACACAUGCAGCAGACUACCAUUCACUACAAUCUCACCAUGAUCAAGGCAGAUACUGAUAUGAAGCUCAAGAAGUAUCAUAAGAUACAGCAGUCCCAUUUAUUAGCUUUGAACAGUAGCAUGACAGACAUAAAACAAGAGCAAGAAAACCUUGAAGAUGGACUUGAGACUUUGAACAGAAACUUAACAGAACUCUCUUUAUACUGUGGCAACAAAGAUGAAGCUACCUGGCUAUCCAUCAGGCAACUCAAUGAGACCAUGAUAGGGCAUGCAAAGCAGCUCAAAAAACUGUACAUGGAGUCAGAUGCAACCUUUGAGGAUAUUACUGUUUUAGACAAAUGGGUUAAGGACUUAAAAGCCAAGUCAAAGCACGAAUCAGAGGAGUUUAGAGUAGCCUUAAUGGAGAAAUCACUUAUUAUAGAAGAGAACAACGAAGCUCUGGAAAGGCAGAUAUUAGAGCUCAACUAUACACUCUCAAAUCUUCAAGAAAGCCACUGGGAUCUAUUGAAGUACAUGAGAGAGUGCAAUUGUGAGAAAAUAUCUUCUGACAUUGACAUACUAGAAGAUCAUCAAAAGAAUAUCACCCGUUCCCUAGAGAAUACCCAGCUAAACUUAAAGGAAGUGCAACACCUAGAGACGUCUUCCAAGGAUCUCUGGAGGAGUGAAAUUGAAGAGCUGUCCACGGCUUUUAAUUCCAUCCACCAGUCUCUUGGUUAUCAACAAGAGCAAAGCAGACAACUGAUGGACAGCAUGUCUCAUCUUAAGUCACAGAUUAAGAUUUUGUCAGAAGAUAUUGGGUUCCUGAAGAAGAAAGAGGAGGAAAUUCAUGGCCACAUCAAGUAUCUCAAUAGCUCUUUCAAUUCUCUUUUGGAAGAUGCAAUGCGGCAUGAAACAGCACUAGAGGCCUUGUUGGGAGCAGAAAUUAUGGAGGUCUUGUCUGAAGAAAACCCUAACGCCUUAAUAUCAUCAGUAGCUCAAGUGCAAGAAGCUCUCAGACACACCUCAGAUAAACUCAAAGAGCAAAAUGUGACUUUAGAAUCCCUUACAAAGAGAUUUAAUUUCCUGGAGAUGGGUCGUGAGAGUAACCAUGAUGCUCAGAAUAUCCCUAAACAUCCCGAACAUAAAAAGCAAACAAAAAACACUCAGGAGGAAGUCAGGAGCCCACACAGCAAUGUAGAACAUAUGGAGCCUAACCAUGAGGCUUCCAGGGAUGACAUCGUGGAUAAUCCAGCAUAUAAUGAUAUCAUGACUUUAAAAAAAGAGAUCAAACAUCUAAGUAUGGACAUCAAGAGGCAUCAGUCAUGGAGGGACGAUAACAAUAACUGCUGUAAUCAUACUGUUAUAAAUCUAGUGGAACCACUCAGCAUUUCAGUGGAGAUUCUGAGGACAGAUUUAGUAACCAUUAAACAGAGUUUUGAGGACCAUCUACAGAUUUUUCAAAAAUUGUUUGGAAGUAGUGAAGAAUUAGUUGCCUCAAACAUAAGUCUGGACAUUACAAAGAUUCAGUCAAUGAUGACCAAAAAGAUGAGAAGGCAGCAAAAAGGUCAUGAGAAGCAGAAAAGGAGAGACAAAAAACAGACUGAUGAGAACAGAGAACACAUGCAAACUAUAAAUGGAAGAAAUAAAAUAGAGGCUGAGCUUUUGGAAAAAGAUUCAUCAGUGGCAUUCUACGUUGGAUUCUGCGAAGAAUGGGAUGAAGUAAAAGCACUGAAGUUUAAUGAAACAUACCUUAAUCAUGGUAACAGCUAUUUCCCUGAACAGGGCUACUUCAAAGCACCUCAAAAUGGUGUCUACAUGUUUGUUAUCAAUGUGAAGUUUAGUGCAGGACCUGCACUGGGGCAGCUGGUUAUUGGCCGUGGACACAGAAUGACUCUGUCAAGUAGUCAGAAGGAGACAAUUGGAAGCUCUGAGACCACUUUUGCUAUGGCAGAGCUGAAGAAGGGGGAGAGAGUGUGGUUUGAACUGCUGCAGGGCUCUAUAGUGAAACGUAGCCCACCUGGAACAACCAUGGGUGGAUUUCUAAUAUUUAAAACUUGAAGUGUGCCAUUUCUCAUUAGUCAACAUUUUCCCACAGAUACAGUGGAUCAUCAAUUACUACCUGAUUUGUGAUUUGUUUGCAUGUAAAUUCUGUUGUGUGUUUUUAACAUAGCACUCUUAGAUUUACCUCCAUCUUCCUUUCUAGACAUAUUUGGUUUUUGAUUACUUAACGCAUCAUAUAGAAUUCAGAGAAAUGAGAUUUUAUUAAGUUUCUUCUGUGUGAUGAGUUAAUGCAUUGAAUGCAGUAUCUCAGCCCAAAGUUAAGUUAGAGUUAAAGGAAAUUCCAAGAUUUCAAAAUUUAGUUUCACCCUGAAUUGGGAUGAAAAGUCAAAUCUCUGAUUUUUACAUAUAAUACUUCAGUCUGAUAAGGUCAAAAUGUUUUGGCUUUUACAUGAUAAAUUAUAAAUAUAAUAUACAAAUCAAAAUGAUGAAAUCAAAGUGCAACAUUUCAAAUUUAUAAAAACAAAAUGUUUCAAAAAUUCUGACAAAACACAGAUUUAGUCAAAUCAGCAUUUUCUGAUGGUAAACUGUUCCAUUGAAAAAAUUUUGACCAGCUCUGGUUGUAAGCAUUAGACUACAGAAUUAUUAAAAACGGGUCCAUAUAUUGCUCUUCAAACCUUAAUUUUAUAGCUGACUGUGCCCCUUUGCAGUGAAGAUAGGUUGUACCAGUUUGCAACAUGUAUAAUAACCACAUGAAAGCCCUCCUUUGCACCAUUGCCUCUGCAUGUCUCUUGGCAUAAGGCAAGCCAGAAGGUUAGCAGUUUUAACUGUUUAUAAAUUAACUCACUGGUGGGAUUGUGAGCAUCUCUCUGUACUGCUGUCUCCAAUACACUGAAGACUGAAAAUACACCAUUUAUUCUGUGCCUCUGACAAGUAAAGUAGUUUCAUUUUUGUGCAAAAUACUGCUUGAAUAUUUUGAACUGGGGUGGGGGGGAAGAAAGAGUACAAGAAAACCAAGAGGGGGUGAGAAAGUACAAAGGGAGACAAAAGCAUCAAUGACAGGGCUGGUACCUUUCAGUUAGGCCAAUCAGGUGACCCAGACACUUUUAAGGAAGUAGAUUCAAGUAUCCUUUCUAUCCCACUCAUCAUCUCCAGCAGUGAUAUGGCUUAGAGAAUCCAGGUAAAAUCUUGGCCUCACUGAAGUCAAUGGGAGUUUUGCCAAUGACUUCAGUUGACUCACAAUUUCACACGAGUUAUUCAAAGUGUAUUUCUCCACAUGUACAAUAAAUUUUUCAGAGACAUUAUUGUCCAUGGUUGCCAAGCUUCACAGUGCCUCACAUGCUUUUUCAAAAUUCUUAAGUAUUAAAGCAAAUUUUUGCUGACAGUAACAAGUUUAAUUAUAUUAAAAUUCUAAGGGUGGCCAAAAAAUGUAUACCAAAAAUGUAAGAGUUCUGUAUCUAUUAUUGGCAAGGGAUAAAAUUAGUAAGGGGAGAAAUUAACAUUCAUUAGGUUAUAUCAGUUACGGAGAAAACAAACAAACAUUUUUCCAAAAGGAGUCUCAAAACUUUAAAAUAUAAUACCACAAUGUGGCCAAAAGGCCAAAUACCAUGGGGGAAAAAAUGUUAUAAUUGAUUAAUCAAAACAAAAUUAAAAUCAUUAAUCAAAAAUUUCACUAAAACCCAGCCUCUUCAUCAUGCAUUUCAAUACAAUUCACAAACAAAACACAAUCUCACCCUAGCCAACAUUAAUGCCAUGUGGUAAAACAGAACAGCUUAGGUAUCAACCACACUACAGUAGCUGCAGCUCAUUAAAAAUCACAGAUAUUGGCAACAUAUCUAGGCCUUUUCGAGCCCUACAUGUCUUUGACUCUAUAUUUCAAGGUACUGUAAAUAUUAGCUGUUAAAAAGGACAAUUCUAUUUGAGAUAUAAACUGUUGCUCCUUGGAUUGAUGAAAAUGUCCAGAAGGACUCAGCUUUAAGUAUUAUAUACCACUGGCCACUUUUGGAACCCAUAGGACAAGAGUUUACUAUGAUAACAUCACUCAAGUAAAACUAGAAAAUUUUAAUUGGUUUUUUAAUUAAUAUUAUU